AUGGCGAAAGAUCUCAUGUGCUCGCUCCUCGAAAUCGAGCGCUUCCUCCUGGAUCACAGGGCCGACGACUCCGUUACGAGCGCAUUUAAGGAAGUGAAACGUGCGUUGUACGAACAUAAGAUCAAGAAAGGCGGCUUGGAAGCUGCGUGGAGCCCCUCGCAAGAGUCCAACAAGGUCUCCAAAUCGAAUGGCAAAAGUUUGGCCACCAACUUCUUUCACACGCUGUUCUGCAGCUGUGUGCAUCGUGACACGGCGUACGAGGAUGACGCAAUGACAUCGUCCUACGCUGACAGCGGACACAAAGACACCGCCGUAGUCCAGGAACUUGUUCAGUCGCCGAGACCGCGAAAAGGCUGGGUCAUUGGAGACAGCAGGCGAAACGUUAAGGUGAACUACGAUAGCCCAGAGGAGUACGAAAAGCUACUCGCCCAACUUGGAAAUAACUGGAAUGUGGAUAUUUUGGCCCUAUCAAAUUUCAAACCUGUUACGCAAAGGGGACCCAUUGUGUGUGUUGGACACGCCCUCAUUAACCCGGUGGGAGACCGGAUACACCCCGAUUUCAAUCGGUUGCUGGCCCCGGUGCUCACUAUGAUUCAAGAUGUUUACCUGCCAAACCCCUACCACAACGCACUGCAUGGAGCAUGCGUUGCUCACAUGACGGCCGUUCUCACCAAGGCUUUGGGGUUGAAGGAAUGCCUUACACCCAUUGAGGAGUUUGCAUACCUUAUCGCCGCGAUUGGACACGAUGCAGGUCAUCCGGGUAAGCGAAGCUUUAGCGUGCUUCAUGAACUUGCAGGCAAAACCAAUGCUUUCCUGCGGUCGACACAAAACCCGUUGGCGCUCAUCUACAAUGACGCAAGCAUUCUGGAGAACUACCACGCGUCGCUGGUGUGCCACAUCAUUAGGUCGCAGGAAGGGUUUUUUGAUCUCUUCUCGCAGCAGGACUGGGAAUCGAUCAGGAAGAGGAUCAUCCAGCUUGUGUUGGCCACCGACAUGAUGUCGCAUUUCACCCAUGUCAACAACGUCAGAGAUAGAAGGCUCAGCGGCGCGUUUGACCACAAGAAUAACCCGGAUGACCUCUGGCUGCUCAUGGUACUAUGUAUCAAGACGGCGGAUAUCGGCCACAACUUCCUGCCCUGGUGCGAACACCUACCGUGGACCAAGUCUCUGUUUGACGAGUUCCACAUGCAAGGUGACGAAGAAAGAUUGUUGUCGAUUCCCCUGCUGCUAUUCUUCGACAGGACGAGGUCGGCUGACAUCCCCGACUCGCAACUGGGAUUCUUCCAGGGAUUCACCACCCCCCUGAUCAACGAACUCGUAUUUGUAGACACAAAGAAUAACUACCUUACUCGCUUCCUACAAAAGAAUUCCCAAGACAACCUGGAUCACUGGAAGAAGAACAGUAAGAGACAAUUAGUUGACAUAUUGAGUGAUUUGGACAAAUCCACUGAAAUUCAAGACGUAGAAGACGCCAGCAUCACAUAA